UCACUGGGAGACAGUCCACUUAAAUGCAGCUCCAGGAUUGCGAGACACCCACCAGCCUCACUCCUCGUGCGAGGUGGCAAAUGCAACAUGCUCUCCAGCUUGGGGUGUCUACUUCUCUGUGGAAGUAUUGCACUAGCCCUGGGAAAUGCACAGAAAUUGCCAAAAGGUAAAAUACCAAGCCUGAAAGUCCACAUCAAUACCACGAGUGACUCCAUACUCUUGAAGUUCCUGCGUCCAAAUCCAAAUGUAAAGCUUGAAGGUUUUCUCCUGGGAUAUGGCAGCAACAUUUCACCAAACCAGUACUUCCCUCUGCCUGCAGAUGGGAAAUCCACCCAGGCUGUAGUUGAUGCAGAGCCUAAAUACUUGAUUGUUGUGCGACCUGCACCCCCUCCAAGUAAAAAGAAAUCAUGCUCAGGUAAAGCACGUCCUCGCAAACCUCUCCAGUUGGUGGUUGGCACUCUGUCGCCAAGUUCAGUCUUUCUGUCCUGGGGUUUCCUCAUCAACCCACACCAUGACUGGACACUGCCAAGCCACUGUCCCAAUGACAGAUUUUAUACAAUUCGUUAUAGAGAAAAGGAUAAGGAAAAGAAAUGGAUUUUUCAACUCUGUCCUGCCACUGAAACAAUUGUGGAAAAUUUAAAGCCCAAUACAGUUUAUGAAUUUGGAGUGAAAGACAAUGUAGAAGGUGGAAUUUGGAGUAAGAUUUUCAAUCAUAAGACAGUGGUUGGAAGUAAAAAUAAAGUGAAUGGGAAAAUCCAAAGUACCUAUGACCAAGUCCACACAGUGCCAGCAUAUAUCCCAAAAAAGAUAAUCCCAAUUACAAUCAUCAAGCAAGUGAUUCAGAAUGUAACUCACAGGGCUUCAACUAAAUCCCCAGAUAAGACUCACUUGGGAGGAACAAUACUAGUCCACCUUAUUAUUCCAGGUCUUAAUGAAACCACCAUAAAACUUCCUACAUCCAUAAUGUUUGAGAUUUCAGAUGCAAUCAAGACACAAUUAGCUAAGAAUGAAACCCUGGAAUUACCUGCUGAAUCUAAAACACCAGAGGUAGAAAAAAUUCCAGCACAGCCCGUAACAGUGACUCCUGAAACAGUUGCAAGAACUGCUACACCGACCGUGUCUGGUGCAUUAGACAUUUCGGAAGCCGCACUGGUUCUCAGUGAAAAGACCCCAGAAAUAUUGCAAACCACUCAGUUUGAAUUGCCCCUGAGCACUUUAGCUCCAUACAGGCUUCCAGAAUUUCCUCAGGCAAAAACACCCUUCACUUUUGAGAAACCUGAGGGCACCUUGGCUUCAAGUAAAAUGCCAUGGAUUGUUUCCACAACCAAAACAUCUGAGGAUUCCAAAGUUCUACAGCCUACAAGUGCAACUUACGAUAUGCCAUCUGUUUUCUCAAGCCCUACAACAUCAGAUGAGCCUGAAAUAGCAGAGCCCCACACAGCAACAAGUGAUUCUAUUCUGGAUUCUGUCCCACCUAAAACUUCUAGAACUCUUGAACGGCCAAGGGCAACACCGGCUCCAAGUGAAACGCCAUUUGUUCCUCCAAAACUGGAAAUCUUUACCAGUCCUGAAAUGCAACCAACACCACCUGUUCCACAGCAAACUACAUCUAUUCCUUCUACACCUAAACGACGCUUCAAGCCCAAAUCACCAAAACCCAAACCUGCAAGAACCAGAAGUCCUGGAACAACUGCAUCUAAAAUUUCUAAAAGCUCUGAACCUACGUGGACAACACUGGCUCCCAGUAAAACCCAGUUUAUUUCUUUGAAGCCUAAAAUCUCUCUCAGUCCAGAAGUGACACACACCAAACCUGUUGCUAAAGAGUCACUAUUUGUUCCCCUACAACCUACCACAUCCCCCAGUCCAGAAAUGUCAGAGAUAACUCCUGCCCUGGAACCUCAAACGCUGCCCUCAUCACAGUCAACCAUAGCUCCAAAGAAGACCAAACGACCAGGUCGUCGUCCUCGCCCUAAAACCACACCUAGUCCAGAAGGGCCCAAGUCCAGCCCUGCUCUGGAACCUGCUACAGUAAAACCGGAGCUCUUGGUGCCCACAAUCGCGUCAAAACCAUCUAAAAGACCUAAAACCACACGUAGACCAGAUGCGCCUCAAAUCCAGCCUGAUUCAAAACCACCAAAGCAAUUACUUCCUAAACCCCAAACCACAGCAAAACCAGCUAUGCCACCAACUAAAUCCGUCUUUGAACCUGUUACAUUUGAGACUGAGAUCCCCUCGAUAACCGUAGUUCCUGCCACAGACUUUGAACCUGUGACCCUGAGAACUGAGGCUCCAGGAACAACAUUAGCUCCAAAAACAUCACAGAGAACACGAACACGUCGCCCGCGUCCCAAACCUAAAACCACGCCAAGCCCCAAGGCACCUCAGACUGAACUAGACUUUGAGCCUGUUACUCCUGGCACAUCUUUAGCUACAACAACAACAAAAAGAACCCGUCGUCCCAAACCUAAAACCAUGCCCCAUCCAGAAGUACCUCAGAGCACACUGGUUCCUGCCACAAUCCUUGAACCAGAUAUUCUUAGAACCAAGGCUCCAGGGACAACACUAGCUCCCAAAAUACCUCAACGAACUCGUCGUCCACGCCCCAAACCUAAAACCACACCGAGUCCUGACACACCUCAGGCAAAACUAGUUCCAUCUACAAUCCUUGAACCAGUUACUCCUAUAACAGAGGCUCCAAGGACAGCAUUAGUUCCUGUUACAGACCUUGAACCUGUUACUUUUAGAACUGAAACCUCUGGGACACCAUUAGCUACCAAAACAUCACAACGAACCCGUCGUCCACGUCCUAGACCUAAAACCACACCAAGCCCUCAAGCACCUCAGACCAAACCUGCUUCCCAAACGUCAACACGAACAGAUCGUCCACGACCCAGACCUAAAACCACACCAAGUCCUGAAGCACCUGUGUACAAACCAGUCCCUACUGCAGACCUUGAACCUGUUAUUCUCAGAACUGAGGCUCCGGUGACAACACAAGCUCCUAAAACAUCAAAACGGACCCGUCGCCCACGUCCCAAAACAAAAACUACACCACGUCCUGCGGCGCCUCAAACAAAACCGGUUCCUGCUACAGAUCUUGAACCUGUUGCUCUUAGAACUGAAGCUCCAGAAAUCAUGGUUCUUACUACAGUCAUUGAACCCGUUACUCUUAGAACCGAGGCUCCAGAAACAACACUAGCUCCCGAAACAACAAAACAAACACGUCGUCCACGUCCCAGACCUAAAACCACACCAAGGCCUCAAGUACCUCAGACCAAAUCGGUUCCUGCUACAGUCUUUGAACCUGUCAUUUAUAGUACUGAGGCUCCAGGAACCACAUUAGCUCCCACUGAACUGCAAACUCUUAUUUUGAAACCAGUGACACCACCAAGCCUAGAAAUACAACAAAGUCAACCUGUUUCUAAUGUCCCAGAAUCAUUUACACUUAGCAUUGAGUCAUCAAAGAAAGCUAAAGCAUCAGCUGAAACACAUUAUGUACACCCCACUGCCAAAGCACCACCACUCAGGCCAGAGCAGCCAAUGACUGAAGCUGUUGUGGAAUCUGUUACAAAUGUGUCUGAACCACGUGAGACUACGCUAGACAUAUCACCUCUGCCUUCCAAAACUAUAAUCCUACCCAGUCCAGAUGAGCCUCCAACCAAGCCUGCUCCCAAGCAGACACCACGAGCUCCUCCCAAGCCAAAAACUUCACCACGCCCAAGAAUCCCACAAACACAGUCAGUUCCUAAGCAUGUUACUUCAAAGCCAAAAACAUCACCAAGCCCGGAAGUAUCACGCACCACAUCUGUCUUGGAAGAAAGUACAAUUAGAAUUGAGCAAGCCAAGACAACAAUAGUUCCAAAGGAGGUGCUCCUUCCCCAUAAACCAUCUCCUGAGAUCUCUCAGAGUGAACCUGUUCUGCAGCCUGUUACCUUUAGAAUUGAUCUACCAAAGACAACAAUAGCUCCUUUGGAGACACGAGGCCUGCCUUUUAUACCUAUGAUUUCACCGAGCCCCAGUCAAGAGGAAUUACAAACCACUCUGGCAGAAACAGACAAAUCCACCCAAGAGUUCUUCACAUCAAAGAUUCCACGAACAGCUGAAUCGGCAAAGACAACUCAGGCACCACACAGAUUGUACACUACUCCUGUGAGGCCCCGACCACCUGACAAGCCACAGGUCAGACCUGGGGUCAAGCAGCCCAUCCCUGUAGACAUUACUGAGCCAUCAGGUGCAAGUAGAAACGUGUCAGUGGUAUCAACACGCUCCACAAAAAGACCAGCCACAAUCCCAGGGACCCACCGCCCACUCUUGCCACCUACCCCUAAGCCUCCGCGAAGAAAACCUUUACCACCAAACAAUGUCACUGGAAAGCCAGGAAGCGCAGGAGUCGUUUCAUCAGCUCGAGUAACUUCCCCACCCAUGAGGGCAACAAUCAGACCUACUGGAGUCCCCUUAGAAAGAGCAGAGACAGAUAAAAAGCAACCAACAGCUCCUGCCUCCGGAGAAGAACUUGGUAAUGUAACUGACUUUAGCUCAAGUCCAACAAGAGAAACUGAUCCUCUUGGGAAGCCUAGAUUCAAAGGUCCUCAUGUACGAUAUAUCCAAAAGCCUGACGACAAACCCUGUUCCAUUACGGACUCGGUCAAACGGUUCCCUACAGAGGAGGGCCUGGAGGGGAAUGCCACCAGCCCACCACAGAACCCACCCACCAACCUCACCGUGGUCACCGUGGAAGGGUGCCCCUCAUUUGUCAUCUUGGACUGGGAGAAGCCACUAAAUGACACUGUCACUGAAUAUGAAGUUAUAUCCAGAGAAAAUGGGUCAUUCAGUGAGAAGAACAAGUCUAUUCAAAUUACAAACCAAACCUUCUCCACAGUAGAAAAUCUGAAACCAGACACGAGUUAUGAAUUCCAGGUGAAACCCAAAAAUCCGCUUGGUGAAGGCCCAGUCAGUGACACAGUGGCAUUCAGUACGGAAUCAGCGGAUCCAAGAGUGAGCGAGCCAGUUUAUGCUGGAAGAGAUGCCAUCUGGACUGAAAGACCCUUUAAUUCAGACUCUUACUCAGAAUGUAAGGGCAAACAGUAUGUCAAAAGGACGUGGUAUAAAAAGUUUGUAGGGGUACAGCUGUGCAACUCUCUCAGAUACAAGAUUUAUCUGAGUGACUCCCUCACAGGAAAGUUCUACAACAUAGGCGAUCAGAGAGGCCAUGGGGAAGAUCACUGCCAGUUUGUGGACUCAUUUUUAGAUGGACGUACAGGACAGCAACUCACUUCUGAUCAGUUACCCACCAAAGAAGGCUAUUUCCGAGCAGUUCGCCAGGAACCUGUCCAAUUUGGAGAAAUAGGUGGUCAAACCCAAAUCAAUUAUGUCCAGUGGUAUGAAUGUGGGACCACAAUACCUGGAAAAUGGUAGAUGCUGCAUCUAUGCUGAAAAGUGCGUUCUAUUUUAUCCUUGCAAAAAAAUAAUUAGAAACACUAUGGUAUUUGCAACCUUCAUUUAAAGCUGUUUUGUUUCCUCUGUAUAAAAGUUUAAAAUCUAAUUAAUAGCAAUGUUAGAUAUGUUUAUUAUUAGAAAAGAUUGCUGAGACUAUUUAUCAGGUUUUACAAAGUCAUUUUAAGAAAACAACAUACUGACAUUAACAGAAUAACAUUUUUGGGGAAGCUGGCUCCCUAUUCAUGGUAUUUUAAGAGAUCAUUUCUAUAUUAUUUAUCACACUGUUGUAAUGAUGUUUUGAGAUACUUUUAUGACAAAAUUAACAUCAAAAAACUUUAAUAUACUUAUUAAAAGAUAUUUACUUUAUGUGUACUCUUCCUACUGAUGAGCUAAUUCCAUAAAUCUCUACGUAUUUUAACUUAUUGGAUCAAAUUAUCUUCAGCAUAUAUAUCUGGGAGGAAAAAAGGCCCUAAUAUUCACAUUUACAUAAACUUCAAUUUUUUAGCAUCAGCUGAAUAGCUUUUCUGAGAAGCUUAAGCGUUCAUACACUUUUUCUAAAUGUUUGCAAAUUACUGAUGACAUUGUUUGAAUAAGUAACGUCAUUUCAGCUGAAAACAGAAUUGAGACUUUGUUUCAAAGGAUACAUUUUGUUCUUUCUCUACCAUAAAUAUAUGUUGUAAAGUACUGGAUGUACUUUUUUUGUCAAACUAUCCCUUUAUGCAAUUAUUUUCAUCUUGUUUUUAAUGAUUUUAAUUAUGUUGUAUGCAGAGACUGAAUGUGAAGUCUGAACACAAAAACAUAAUGCAUGAUGAGCUCCCUAGUUUCUCGCAGAUAUUUACUAUAUAUUUAUACUUAAGACCUCUAUGAAUGAAUGUAUCAGAGAAUGUUUUUGUAAUGCUGUUCAACUCAAGCUGUAAUGAAAACCUGACUCAUUUUUGUUAAAAAUGGUAUUGUUUUCCUUCACAAUGGGAAGGGAGCUAGGAAUGCUGCAUUGUUGCCCUCAGUAUGAAAGGACCUUUCCUAUGCUUAGCUUUCAACAUGCCUCAGUUUUAUCAAUGUUAUCAUUUUGUAUUUUUCAAAUUAUAAAUUUUACAAUAAAGAGAGGUAGUUUUUAUUUUUAA